GGUUGACCGCAUCAUCAGAUACUGCUUCCGACUUUUGCUCCAUGAUGCAUGCCAUCUCCCCUCUCUCGCCCAAAGCCCACCACGACCCUCUAUUCCGGCCAUGAUACGCAGGCACAGCGCAAAGGGCGAGUGGAUUCCCUCGCCAGGCCAGUGGCCCGUAGAUCCCCAGGAAGACGUCCCCGUCUCGCACCAGCGCAUCUGGAUUGACGGCUGUUUCGACUUCGCACAUCACGGACAUGCCGGCGCCAUGCUGCAGGCCCGCCAGCUGGGUACCGAGCUGCUCGUAGGCGUGCAUUCGGACGAGGCCAUCCUCGAGAACAAAGGUCCCACCGUCAUGCGCCUCGACGAGCGCAUCAUGGCCGUCGAGGCCUGCCGUUGGGCUACCAAGGCCAUCCCCAGAGCCCCUUACGUGACCUCCCUCCCGUGGAUCACCCAUUACGGCUGCUGGUACGUCGUCCACGGCGACGACAUCACCUCCGACAGCUCCGGCCAGGACUGCUACCGAUUCGUCAAGCAGGCCGGCAGGUUCAAAGUCGUCAAACGGACACCCGGCAUCUCUACCACCGAUCUGGUCGGCCGCAUGCUGCUGUGUACCAAGAACCACUUCAUACAGAGCCUGGAGAAGACGCUGGCCGGCGACGAAGGCAGCGGAGACGCCGAAGAGCGCAGGAAGAAUGGGGAGGCCAUGCGCCAACGGAUAAAAGACUACGCGACCGAUGAGACCGGUCUGGCACCUGGCUGUGACGUCUGGUACUGGUCCGCUUCACGGCCCGCCAAAGUUCGGAGAACCACGCAGAACGAUCGACGGCCUAGCCUCGGUGGCCGGCAGGACUCCAGCGGUAGCCAGCAUCACUAUCACCAAUACCCGCAGCAUCACCAGCCCGUCAAGGAAGAGAAGGGUAAGUUCUCGCAGCUGGUCCAGGGCAAAGGUCUUCGACCGGGCCAGUCUGUCAUCUAUGUCGACGGAGGUUGGGAUCUUUUCUCUUCUGGCCAUAUCGAAUUUCUACGCAUCGUCUUUCAGGCGGAAAUGGAUGCUGCGCGAGAGCGUGGCUGGUACGAUGAGGAAGCCCGGCAGGAGCGCAUCAACAGCCACGGCCAAGACUACCCGCCCGUCUUCAUUGUUGCCGGUAUCCACGACGAUGAGGUGAUAAAUCAUUGGAAGGGCAUCAAUUACCCCAUCAUGAACAUAUUCGAGCGUGGCCUUUGUGUCUUGCAGUGCAAGUACAUACAUGCAGUCAUCUUCGGUUCGCCCUUCUCCCUGUCGAAAGCCUUCCUCACGGGUCUGCCUUAUGGUACGCCAUCCGCGGUUUAUCACGGCAUCACCUCCUUUAUGCCUCUGACGUACGAUCCUUAUGCAGCGGCCAAAGCGCUCAACAUCUACCGCGAAAUCGGAAAUCACGAUUUCCAAGGCGUCAAUGCGGGCGAGAUUGUGGCCAGAAUCAUGAAGGGUCGGGCAAGGUACGAGGAAAGACAGCGCCUAAAGGGCGAAAAGGGGAUCACGGAAGAGGCGGAGCGGAGACGCCAGGAACUGGAACGCGAGGCGGAGAGGGAGAGGGUGCGUAGGGAGGUUGAAAGCCAGUUUGGAUUGUAGCACACCCGUCCGUGACUGUUGUUCUACGCAUGGAUGUAAUCAGACAGCAUUGUACAGAGUUCGGCACACCCUUCUGUAUACCACCACUAUGGGUAGGUUAGCAGCCGAGUAACUUAAAAAACAGCACCGUCUCUGUGAGAUACAAGCUCUUAAGCAGCGGCGCAGUUACUAGACAAUUUUGCCGUUUUGUUUUCUAA